UUUUAUUCCAUUUCGACUGAAUUGACAGCAAUGUGACACAAAAUAGGGAAGGGAGUGCGCAUGUAUCCUUCCGCGUUGAAAUGGCUUGAGCUAGCUAGCUUGUAUUUGGCGUACUUUGCUUUAGCACGCAGCUAACACAUCAUAGUCGCCAAUAAUUAUGAGCGUUAUGGAGUUGAAUAUUAAUUAAAAUUGGAGACGCGUUUUGUUAAUGAGUACGUGGGAUAGCUAGGCGUUAUGAAUUAGCCUGUGUUCCUUUUUUCGUGGCUACUUGGCUGCUAGCGUAUUGAGAUGACAACUGGGUAAAGUUCAACGAGGUAAAAAAAAAUUGUUCUAAAUUUAUGCUGAAUUAGGCUCAUAAUUGUCAAAAAAAAAAAAGAUAUUUAACAUUAAGGUGGGAAUUCAGCGUAAGUAAUUAUUCAUGGAUAUAGGUGGAGGAUAUGGUUGACAUGUAAGGCACGCUUUAUCAUAUAUGAUAAAAUUUGAAUUUAUGACUUAACGUCCUACAGUAAUCUGUGAUAUAGUGAACCCCUCCGACCCUAUAUGCCACUCAAUGAGUUUUUUAAUAUUGACUCAUUAUUAUUGUUUACUGUUGGCGAAUCGGUAUUUACCAGCUCUUAUAUAGGGAUCUUUUGUUGAUUUAGGGCGAUGAAUACAUUUGAUGUUGACUCUGUUGAAGCAGAACUAGGAAAGCCUAAACGUCAUAGACGUAAAGGACUAGAGACAAAGUGUGAAAAUGAAAGUUAAUAGACAAAGACUGUAAAGAUGGGAGACAUAACGUCAUGUGUUCUGUACGGUCUUUUAGAAUAUUCAAAAAUGGACUCAGUUCAGACAUAGCAACGACCAAACUUCAGAGACCUAAAGGUCUGUAAACACAAGGUGUGAUAGGAGGAGAGCUGCUUUUUGUUUAUUUGCUGUGUAUGGAGCCUUGAACAGGGAUAAGUAACCUCUUAAGACCUGUCAAUUUCCAUCCUUUUAUGUACAAAACAGGAGCAAAGACCUCCUAGAAGGAACGUGACACUUGGAAUUUUUACCAUGACAUGAACAAAGGAGCCACCUGGAACGUCUCCCUUGUUUUUCUUUUGUCCUUUUUGUUUUGUUUUGUUUUUUUUGUUGUCUCCUGCUGUUGCCACCAAUCACAUGGAGGACAGAUAAGACCGUCAGACACUCCUCGUCUCUUGUGUUAAUAUUUUUACUUAAGAAAAUCAAGAAUAAUCUUGCACUUUUAAUGUUUGUCCAGUACCUAACAGGCAGUAACUACACAUAUGUUUAUUUAAUGAUCAUACUCAUUUGAUCAGUAUUCUCAGUGAAGCUUUUUAUAAUUAUUUAAAGACUUAUUAUCAGUGUUGUGGCUGCUAAGUUGCCUCGGAAGUUUUGAUGUCAUUUUUGUUUUAAAUUAUGAGCUGACUUGCACACUGGAAAUUGCAUUUGACACUAUGAACUGGAAUUUUUUUUGUUGACACGUGGGAACAAAAACUUUUUUUAUUGCAAGUUCAAGAACUGAAAGAUAUUUUUUAGCCGUUCAGCACCGACUCGCUGCUUUUUCGACGUGUACAAGAUGCGCUCCCCAGAACCGUCCGCUUUCCCCCCGUCCGAAGCCCUUCUUCACGGCCAGUUCGCCAGCUGGGGCAACGGUGGUAACAACAGUAGCAGCGGCAACAACAACAGCUGCCCCAACAGCCCCGGCGGUCCGGGCGGGCUUUCCCCAGCCGGCUCCCCGACGCCGGCUCCGGCCUCUAACUACGCGCUGACCCUCACCCACGCACACGUCCACAUCCAGCGUCUGUCGCCACGUCCCGGCAAGGAGGCUCGACUGCUCCUGCCGCUGUCGGAGCUGGUGGGAUGCAGCUGUCCACGAGCCCCCGCGCCGCCUCUUAUAGUGCUAUACUGGUACCCGCCGGGGAAACGACGCAAAGGGGUGUCACGCCGCCGCCAGGUGAGGGCGUACCUAGCUGAAAGCAGACCUGAGGCAGAGAGGUGGUCGGCCGCUUUGCAGUGUUUACUUCGAGGGGUGCCGGUCACUGCUGAAACAGAAUUUUCCAGAAGUCUCCUACCUCGUCCCAGGCGACUACUACUGCUGGUCAAUCCCUUCAGCGGGAGAGGACAGGCAAUGCAGUGGUGUCAGACACAUAUCCUGCCCAUGAUCAGAGAGGCCAACAUUAGCUACAACCUGAUCCAGACAGAGCGUCAGAACCAUGCCCGAGAACUUAUAAGAGAGAUUUCCCUCCCAGAGUGGGAUGGUGUCAUCAUCAUUUCUGGAGAUGGCCUCCUGCACGAGGUGAUAAACGGCCUAAUGGAGCGUCCAGAUUGGGAGCAAGCAAUAAAAACGCCUGUUGGUAUUCUGCCCUGCGGCUCUGGCAAUGCACUGGCCGGGUCUAUCAACCACCACGCAGGGUAUGAUAUGUGCCUUCGGGAACCUCUCCUCUUGAACUGUUGCUUCCUGCUGUGUCGUGGUGGCGUGCGGCCUAUGGACCUGGUCUCCGUGACAACCAGCCCGCCCACCACCAAUAGCCGUGCAGCUUCGUUGAUGCCCAGGAGGCUAUUUUCAUUCCUGUCAGUCGCCUGGGGAUUCGUGUCGGAUGUAGACAUCGAAAGUGAGAGGUAUCGUGGCCUGGGCUCAGCACGCUUCACUCUAGGCACCUUGGUCCGCAUCGCUUCACUCCGCUCCUACAAGGGUCGUCUGUCAUACCUCCCCCCGUCUAUCGUGGCGUCCUCUCCUGACGCCACGCCUCCCCCGCCAAGGAGACCCCUCUCCCGCAGUAUCACCGAAGGCCUAGAGGGCUUCUGCAAGCCCCCCAUCCAUCGAACUUCCUCCGACAUGGGCAUCAGCGAACAACGGAGUCUACGUCGGGGCGAGGGUGAGCGGGAGAAGGAGGAAAGGCAGCGAGAACGAGAGAGAAGACGGGAGCGAGCGCGAGGGGGAGGAACCCGCGUAGUCAGGGCCAGCAGUUUGAUGGAGGACAGGGAGAAAGAGAAGGAAGGAGAGGUUGAAAUGGAGGAACAGCGUCUGAAAGGAGGACGAGGCGACUGCAACACGAACGAUUGCGGAUUAACGCAGAUACAAGACGAGCAGGAGGACGAAGGACGAACAGAGGAAGACUCCAGUGAGAUGGACGAGGAGGAGGAGCUUCAAGCAGGCGAUGGGGUCAAAGGUGAAGGGGCGGUGCGAGCGCAAGAACUCGGCGAGGGCUUGGAUUCAGACGAAGGUUGCUUCACCUGCCAAGAUGGACUCCAGCAAUCCAGACAAACCCUCAGGAAGAACUCGGCACCUUCAAGCCAGAUCGUUAACACUCUCUUCGGGCAAACCGACUCCAAUUCCGGCCCGUCAUACGCGAUGGAGGACUUGGAUUUAAACGGAAGCUACUACCAGAAAGAGGUGUACCCGCUUGAAGUCUCCCGUGAGCGAGCCCUCACCAUCUCGUCCUCCCCGUUUCGCCACUCUCCUUUCUCCUUCAAGUCUCGGAAUGUGGACCAAAACCAAAACUCCACUCGUCCGAGACCCCUCUCUCUUCUUCAGCACUCGCACUCCAACUCCUUGCCUCCUAAACUUCCGUCCCUGUCACUUUCUCUGUCCCCCACACCUCCGUCCUCGCCUUCCUGCACCUCCCCGCACUCCUCGUCCUACCUGGCCCCGCGUCCCAACACGCCCGGUUCGGCCUCGCCGUCCCCCCUCGCACGCAUGCCGUCUUUCAACUUUGACAUCGCCGAGCCAGCCGGACCCCUUAAGAACCGUCCCUAUUUGCUGCCUUUAAACAUCCCGAAAGAUGACCUCUUGCCCCCGCUAGAUCAACCCCUUCCCACGCGAGACUGGGUGACCAUCGAGGGCGACUUCGUACUGGUUCUGGCGCUUUAUCAGAGCCACCUGGGAGCCGACCUUUUUGCCGCGCCACAGGCUAAGUUCGACGACGGGCUAAUCCACCUGACCUUCGUGAGGGCGGGUAUAUCUCGAGCCACGUUACUGCGACUGUUCUUCGCCAUGGAGAGAGGAACGCACCACUCGGUCAGCUCGCCGUUUGUCAGCCACGUUUCCUGUCGCGCCUUCAGGCUGCAGCCUCUGUCCACACGCGGAACCCUCACGGUGGAUGGAGAGCUGGUGCCGUGUGGACCUUUACAAGCACAGGUGCAUCCCUCCAUGGCGCGCCUCAUUGUCGGUGACUCCGGAGUGCAAGUCACCAGGUUCUAAUCAGGGAUUGGUUGAAGCUGAUCAAAAGCACUCGGUCUGAAUCACUCACUUCUGUUGCCGCGUCUGCUCCGAGAUGAAACCUGGAUUGCACAUAUCGCUUGAGGAAAAAGGAAUAACCUACCCGAGCCAUGUGUCGUCCGUAAGGGAAUAAUUAAUGGUGACGUUGUUUAUUUUUUAAAAGGAAAGGGAUGAAAACUGCAGAGCGUUGCACAGCUGCGGGAUGAUGCUAAGCUAACCCGCAGACGCAUGAAAACUGCACAGCCUGGAAUAACGAGGGAAUUACAAUCGAAUGAGGAGCGCAGAUAGUGCAUGCGUCGGUGUAUGUAUACACGAUAGUAUGCAUGCGCGUAAGCACUACCAGUAUUCUGGUUUACAAGGAGAUGAAGAAUUUAAUUUUGUCACCAAACUACUAGAACAGGGGUGUCCCAAAAUUUCGGCACAAUUGCAACCCGCUGCCCAGUUUUUAAUUUUGUUUUUAAUUAAAUAUUGAAAAUGGUCCACACUAUAAGCUCAAUUCAGCCAACGUUCUUUUGCAAUUCUCAGAUUUAACACGAAGAUGGUGGUAGUUACUUAAACAGUGCCUCCAUUUACUCAUGAGUCAAAACCUGACAUGUUGAAAUCAAUGUAGGAAACUAGAAUUUUUUCUUUUCUUUUUACAUAAUUUUUAUAAAAAUCCAAUGUGAUAAAUUGCGCCAUCUUGGUUGUAAUUUUCACUUUGUUCUGUUUUUUUUCAGUACUGUAAAUAUAUUUACACAAUAUAUAUAUAUAUUCACAAUAUAUACAACCUUAUAUACAACCUUAUGUAGCUUUUAGUUAAUCCGUAACUCAUUCUCUGCUAUUAACAGUUAUAGACAUCAAAAUUGGAACGGACGGCUAUCGCUACCAAUGGCAGCUAAUGAGUUGUAUUUAUUUGUUACAAUAUUAUUACUAUGUCAUAACAUUAGGGGCUGGCAGCGAUCGUUGGACGAGUCAAAAUGGAUUGGACGUUUAUUGUCAAUAUAGGCCAAUGAGUUAAGAACAUAAUCCAUUACAUUGUAAUUACAUAGUAAUAACAUUGUAACAAAUGAGUAUCUCAUUGGCGCUCAAUGACGGCGAUUGUCGUCCAAUCCAAUUUGACUGGUAGGACUGGCAGCGAUCCAUACCUCCAUUACAAUGUAAUGGAAAAUGUUCUUAACUCGUUGGCUACGAUUAAUGAUCGAUGUCCAAUCCAUUUUGACUAGUCCAACGAUCGCUGCCAGCCCCCCAGGCAAAUUGAAAUAGACGUGUACCGCCGUCAAUGGUAACCAAUGAGUUAAGAACACAUUGCAUUACAUUGUAAUGACAUAGUAAUAACAUUGUAACAAAUGUAUAUAACUCAGUGGAGCUCAUUGAUGGCGAUAGUCGUCCGAUUCAAUUUGACUGGUAGGACUGGCAGCAAUCCAGACCUCCAGUCAAAUUGGAUCGGACAGUCAAUGGCAGCUAAUUAGUUACAUACAUUUAUUACAUGUAUUUAUUACAAUGUUAAUACUAUGUCAAUACAAUGUAGUGUAAUACUUUAACUCAUUGGUUACCAUUGAUGGUGAUAGACAUCUAUUCCAAUUUGACUGGGAGGGCUGGCACCGAUCGUUGGAUCAAUCAAAAUGGAUUGGACGUCUAUCGUCAAUGAUAGCCAAUGAGUUAAGAAAAUGUAAGAAAUGUAUAUAGCUCAAUAGCUCAUAUUGACGGUGAUAGUCGUCCAAUCCAAUUUGACUAGUAGGACUGGCAGCGAUCAUUGGACCAAUCAGAAUGGAUUGGACAUCUAUCGUCAAUGGUAGCCAAUGAUUUAAGAGCAUUUUCCAUUACAUCGUAAUGGAGGUCUGGAUUGCUGCCAUCCUACCAGUCAAAUAGGAUUGGACAUCUAUUGUCGUCAAUGAGAACCAAUGAGUUUAUACUUUGGGUUUCCCAAUCUUUUUUUUUUUUUUUUUUUUUAACUGAUUCCAAUCCUCUGUUUAAGAAAAGAAAAUGGAAGGAUUUCAAGUUGGCCUUUGCAUCCUUUGAUUUUUUUGUAAAGCGGUUCUCGGAGACCAAAAGUUUGGACACCCCUGAACUAGAACAUUUCAAGCUUCAGUUUACAAAGUUCAUUAUACUUACACUACGCAAUUAAUUACAGGCAAAAACACUUCUAGUCUAGGAAAUAAGUUUAAACAACACAACUUUUAAGAGUGAUCAUAGGAACUGCGUCAUGUUUUGGGCAUGUGUGCACAUUUGAUUUAAAACCUGUUAACACUUGAAAUGAGCAAGAAGAACUACAAAUUGACACACUAUCAUCUGGUUUGAUGUAUACAAUGCAGUGGCAGUAGUGCUGGGCGAUAUUGCCUAAAUUGAUUUUGCAGUGUGUGUUUUUUCGUUUGUUAUUUGAUGACUUGCUGUUUAGUCAAUGAGGCCAUUAUGAACAAGGAUUCAUGUUAAAUUAUUACAGAUAUCCAUUAAAAUUAGGAAAUAUAUUUCCUGGAGAAAUUGCUUUGGAAUGCUUUGCUUUUCCAUGGGCCAGUUCCUCUAGCUUUUCGGUCACUUCCUGUUAAUUUUGGGGCAUUUUCUGGUCACUUCUUUGAUGACUUCUUGACUGCUAUUGACGGCGGUAGACGUCCAAUCCAUGAAUUGACAUCUAGCGCUGUCAAUGGCAGCCGAUGAAUUAAAUGAGUCCCAUGUAAAAGAAAAAAGUCAUAAUUCACAUACUAAAUACUUUCAUAAGGUCAUUAAAACUAGGUGUUGUCCGUCAACUUUUACGCACCACACUGUAUGAUCACUACUGAGAAAGUGGCGAGUAUGCACCGAGAACAUAUUGUUACUUUGUAAUUUUAAAAAAUUAUAAUUUUUGGGGGUUCACAGUGGAGCACUACGACACAUUGAGGAUUAUUAAGAUAUCCGCGAAAUCGCCCAGCACUAUGUGGUACCUUACUUCCGAGCAGUGUUGUUUUCAUCUACAAUGCCGAUAACGAAAGUAUUUCAACGACGAACGAUUUGUUUACGUGACGAUGACGAGCUAAAAAAUGUGGGAUGGGAGACAAUAACAUAACGAGACGAAUGCCAGUUUUCAUCUGACAAGAUGACGACGAGACGAAAAUGCGACAUAUUUCUGUCAUAUGUUCACAAAGUGUGACAUUUUCAUAUUGUACGUCAGAUUGCAUCGUAGCAGUGUUGUGGGUCGUGUCACUUAUGUGAUGUGCUGCGCCACUCCCUCACUGUCCUCCCCGGAAUUUGGGGUGUGUUUCAAGCUAGGCUGCGUUUAAUCUUGCUUGUUUGGAGACCCAUGGUAAUAUUUGUUUUCUUAUCAUGGCAAAAGAGAAUGUGCAAUGUUGUUUUAGCCUUUAAAGAUCUGUGCUGAGUGAUCAUCACAUUAAAUCAGUGAUUCUUAACCUGGGUUCGAUCAAACCCCAGGGUUUCGAUGAAGUAAGUCUAAGGGGUUCAGCAAAGGUAAAGCAAUGCAAAGCCCUAUUUUUGUACGCUGAUUAAAUCAAGGCAAAUGGCUUUUUAGACCAGGUGUUGGACUAUUUUGCCCCCAAUUUACAUUUCUUUCAAAAUGAGUAUAAUUUUGAACAGGAAUUUGCUAAAUUAUUAGCUUGCUAGCUUAAAUAUAUUGGUUUUGAAUUUUUGAACUUUAUUAUGUACCGUCAUUUUCAAACUAUAAGCUGCUACUUUUUUCCUUCAUUUUGAAUCCUGCGGCUUUUAAUCCAAUGCGGCUUAUUUGUUGUUUUAUUUGGGUUAAUAGGUAACACUUUGACAGCGGCGUCAUAAGACUGUCAUAAGACCGUCAUGUAUAUGACAUGACCAUAUCAUGGGCAUUAUUGAAUGCUUAUGACAGAUGUCAAUAAGUGUCAUCCGGCAAAUUAUGUCACCAGCUUAGAUCUUCUACAUCCAUUCAAAAGUGAGAUCAUUUGCUGGAUAAUAGGGUUGUUCCGAUCAUGUUUUUUGCUUCCGAUCCGAUCCCGAUCGUUUUAGUUUGAGUAUCUGCCGAUCCCGAUAUUUCCCGAUCCGAUUGCUUUUUUUUUUUGUUCCCGAUUCAAUUCCAAUAAUUCCUGAUAAUUUUUCCCGAUCAUAUACAUUUUGGCAAUGCAUUAAGAAAAAAAUGAAUAAAACUCGGGCGAAUAUAUACAUUCAACAUACAUUACAUAAGUACUGUAUUUGUUUAUUAUGACAAUAAAUCCUCAAGAUGGCAUUUACAUUAUUAACAUUCUUUCUGUGAGAGGGAUCCACGGAUAGAACGACUUGUGACUUUGUAUAUUGUGACUAAAUAUUGCCAUCUAGUGUAUUUGUUGAGCUUUGAGUAAAUGAUACUGCAGCCAUUCAACCCAAAUGCAUAAUGGGAAGUGGAACCAUGACUGUGCAUAGUGCUACCAAUUAGGCCUGUCGCGAUAACAAAUUUUAGUGUGUGAUAAUUAUUCUCGUAAAUUAUUGCGAUAUUAUUGCGCCCCCCCCCCAAUAUUUUUUUUAACCAAUUUACAAUAACACAGUGAGAAUACAGUAUAUAUUAAUAGAUUAAGUACACCAAUUUAAAUGCGAUAAAUAUUUACUCUCAAAUUCAAAAAUACUCUUAAAGAAAUCACAACUAAAACAAUAGACCAUCCCUCUUAAGUAAAAAUCAACAAUAUUGAUACCGCACAGAAACACAGAAUAAAUAAAAUGAGUUUAAAAAAAAAAAAAAAUUGCACUUAAUAACUUAAGCAUUUAGGCAAAUGAAAACUUUUCCCGUCAUAGCUUCUGCAAUGGUGUUCCAUAGGGAUGCAACGAUACAGUUAAGUCAAGGUUCGGUAUGAUUUUUGAUACGGGGGACACGAUUUUGGAUCCGAUUCAAUACAUUUAAUGCUCUGUAAAAAAAUAACAAUUAUAUUUUUUGUUUCGUUUUUUUUGUUUUUGUUUAUAUAUAUAUAUAUAUAUAUAUUUUUUUUUUUUUUUUGCUAACGAGCAAAAAUUAAAUUGCCAUCAUAUAAACAUGCAUUUUAGUGCAUAAUAUUACUGUGCUUACUUCUUACUGAUAUGAAAAAAAUUUAUAUAAAAGUGCUGAGAACAAUCUUUACUGUUUGUAAAGUGAGGCAGGGCACACUGUUGAUUGCUGCAGCUCUCUUAGCAGCUAGGUUUACUACAUGAGCAAGACAUCCUAUUUGUGGUCCGAAUCCAUCUAUGUCACGUACUGAAUUAACAAUAUUUGCAUCAUUAUCUAUAGUCAAUGGUAUGGAUUGAUUUGGCCUUCUUAACUUCCAUUCAGUCAUGACAGUUUAGAAUUCAUCGAUGUAGUAUAUGGACUACGUGUUCCAUAAUCACUCUGGGCUCACGUAGCCAAUGGCAUGGGACGUAGCACAUCUAGUUUGCCAUUUCAUGAUAUCUAGUGUGGGCGCAUUGAAAAAGUUAGCAAGCGCCGCUGAAGUCACCUCUGCUCAUUACUACACAAAACCAGCAUUUGACAAUCGACUUUCAUAAACAGGACGCGUUUGAAGCACAGCGCUCUUAAUUUCAUUCAGCUGUUCGUUGUCAAAGCGAUGUUGUUCGUCGCAGCCAAGCCGGUAACAAUGUUUUGGCGGACUUUGUUGUAAAUAUCCGGCGUUGUGCUGAAAAAUAGCCACCCCGCGUGAAAUGUCACUCCUGACGGGAGCGGCCACACGUCAACAACAAGUCACUCCGGAGCACUGACGUGGCCGGUAUACGUUGAACAACAGGAUAUAAUGGGAACGAUUGGCUCCGGCGCUAGUUUUUGCCGGACCUGGAACGAAGAUGCAUUUUGCGUAGUUGGUAACGAGGAAUCCGAACUUUUAACAGCACGUCUGCCGCACGCGCGCACACACGUGCACGCGAGGCGAUAAAUCGCAGCGGAAAAAUUACCGCCUUCUUUUUUAUAUAUCGCGCGAUAAAUGGAAUUAUUGCAUAUUGCGACAGGCUUACUACCAAUUGACAUAUCUUCUCUGCGUUGGGAAAUAACAUGAGAUGUUAAAAAAAAGAUCAAUUGCUACCUUGCUUCCCCACAUUGCUUCCCAUGAUAUUUCUAAUCGUAGGGAGAGGGAUUGUAAGGCUUUAGCCUAUUAAAAAAAGGCUCCAAAGGCUGCCAAAAUUCACUCUACUCAUUUUACGCUGCCUUUUAUCUCUCUAAAUGGGUAAAACGGCGCCAUUACAGAUUGAGCGCGACAAUGCGUGAGUGGGUCGUGCUACGCACGCAUUAAUUGCGUUAAAUAUUUAACGUGAUACAUUUUUUAAAAAUUAAUUACCGCUGUCAUCGGGAUAAAUUUGAUAACCCUACCUUAAGCCUAAACUAAAGACUCUGGAUGAGUGUAACAUAUUAUGUCUGUAAUGUUAAAUACAAUUAGAAAACGAUUUAAUUAAAAAAAAUAUAUAUAUGUAUAUUUUUAAAAAAAGGCAUGGCCGAUAUUUUUUUGCCGAUUCCGAUACUUUGAAAAUGACGUGAUCAGACACCUCUACUGGAUAACACUAAACGACAUCUGUUAAAAGCAUUCAUUAAUACUCAUGACAGUGUCUUGUCCUUAUUAUGAUUGUCUAAUGACAGUCUGAUAGCACUAUUUUCAAAUAAAGUGUUACCAAGUACCAUAACUAGCAAUUAAUGAAACAACUGUAACAGUAACUGGAGAAAUAUUUAGCACAGAACAUUAAUUUUGAUUGUUAUUUACAUAUUUAACGCUGCAAUGCAAGCUAGGAGGCAUGUUGGACAACAACAGUGUUGACAGCAGGUGACAGCAGAGGUUGACUAUCUCCUCCAAGGGAGCAGUGAUGGCCAAAUGAAGCUUCUUGAAGCAAUGAAGCUUUGCAGCUAAUUGGUUCAAAGCUUCAUGGUGGUUCAUUUGAUCUUAUGACAGGUGUAUGAUGCCGCUGUCAAAUCAAGUGUUACCAGUUAAUAUCUUUUGGUGUAAAUAUCCCAUAAAACAGUGAGGACAGCUGCGGCUUAUCUAUGAACAAAUACCGUUUUCGUACCAAAUUUGGUGGGUGGCGGCUUAUAUUUAGGUACGCCUUACGGUGAACAAUUAUGGUAAUUCCGAAGUGUUCGGCGAAUCCACCUGUGAAACUUUUGGGGUUCGGUACCUUUAGCAAGGUUAAGAACCACUGCACUAAAUGUAACUUGUCGCAUUAACUUAGCAUUCGCGGUAGCAUUAGCAUCAAUGUUAGGGUGGCGGGCAUCCUCGGACAAUUUUUUUUCACAUACAGUUUGGGGCUUCUAGGUUGGUUUAAUUAAAAAUAAUGUACUGCUUUUCCUGCUGAGUGUGUAUUGUCAUCACGGAAUUGUCCUUGGAGAUGCUACAAUAUGUGCUCGUCUGUCUAUGUUCAUUCGAAAUUGUUGGAAAGAUUUACUUUUGGACUAAAACUUUUAUUUUACAGACAAACAUUUUGAGUAACUGUCGUCUAAAACUAGAUGACUACGAACAAAUACUGGAAUGACUAAAAUAUGACUAAAGACUAAUAAGGAUUUUUGUCCAAAAGACUAAGACAAAAAAAGGCUCCCAAAAAUAACACUGCUUGCGUGUCCAGUUUUUUUUUGUUUUGUUUUGCCACCCAUAACUUUAAGUCACUCGUUUCCCAAAAAUGGAAAUUUUCAUUCAUCCAUUCCAGGCUCCUCCGCACCGGUGUUAUUUCAACAAAACAGCAACACUAAAAAAGGAAAGAAAAAAAUCAUCCACUUUAGGGCUAAAAUCGCAACACUAGAAUGCACACAUGGAUAUUUUUAAAGUGCAGCAAUGAGAAUGAGAAUCCUCUUUAUUGGCUAAGCAUGUUGGAAACAAAAGGGAAUUAAUUUCUCAGUUUCAACUUGUUGAAAGAACUUUAUAAAGGCGUAGGACAGGGCAAGGAGAACUGACAUGUCGCCAAAAGGCACUGUUUUUCUUUAAAAAAAAAAAAAAAAAACACUAGUAAAAGUACCUUAGAGGAAUGCUACAAUAAAUUAUUAAUGGAAACGAUGACAUUUGUCAAUUGUUUUAGCGGGGAAAACGAAUGUAGAACAAAACUAAACCAUUUUGUCAGAUUUGGACUGAAUUUGAGUGUUGAUAACUGACAAAAGAGGAACUCAAUUAUGUUUUGCCUUUAAUGAACUCACAGAUAUUUUCAAGUGGAAAUGCAACUACAAAAAAAAUAUGGUGAAAGAUGAUCUUGUGAAAAUGUGAUUAUGAGACCUGCUGAUGAACUGGUUAAAUCAAUAGCAUGUGCACUGUAUCAAUCAGUCAAGAUAAUGCGUCAACUGCUUGGGUCCUUGUCAGCACAGUGCAUGUCCUGGUCAUGCCUGGAGAUAUCAAUGCCUUUGUAUGAUAAUCUUGUUGAGAAUCUUGUUCAAACAUGACUGCGUCGAGUGGAAAACUACUCAAAACUGCUCACCAGGCUGCUAUUUUGCUUGUAUGUUUCUUUUUUUUUUUUUUUUUUU